AUGGAGACACUAAGUUACUCACACAGGAACGGAUUUUCCAUACCUUCAUUUGGUUUGGCUGUUGUGCUACUGGUCGCCUUGGCGCUCUCGUGGGACGGUGGCCUCACGGCAUCAUGGCGGAGUGGCAUGGACUGCUGCAGGUGGGAAGGGAUCACCUGCAGCCCCAAUAGGACGGUCACUGAUGUUUCGCUGGCUUCUCGAGGUCUCGAGGGGUCCAUAUCUCCUUUCGUAGGCAACCUCACAGGCUUGCUGCGACUCAACCUGUCCAGCAACUCGCUGUCUGGUGGCUUACCAUUGGAAUUGCUUUCAUCCAGCAGCAUCAUUGAACUUGACGUCAGUUUCAACCGCCUGACAGGAAGCCUGCAUGAGCUGCCAUCUUCAACCCGUGUGCGGCCACUACAGGUACUGAACAUAUCAAGCAACUUGUUUACAGGAAGGUUUCCAACAACGACAUGGAAGAUGAUGAAGAGUCUGGUCAUACUCAAUGCCAGCACAAACAGUUUUACUGGGCAGAUACCAAUUACGCCCUGUCUUAGCGCACCAUCUUUUGCUGUGCUUGAACUCAGUUUUAACCAAUUCAGUGGAAACAUCCCUCGGGGGCUCAAUAACUGUACCGCGCUGAAAUUGCUCAAUGCUGGCUACAAAAACCUAAGUGGGACACUUCCAGAUGAGCUUUUCAAUGUUACCUCGUUAGAGCACCUCUCUUUACCUAGCAAUUUUUUAGAAGGAGCUCUCAAUGGCAUCAGCAAGCUCACAACUCUGAUCACCCUAGAUCUUGGGGGGAAUGAGCUCAGUGGUAAUAUUCCAGAUUCUAUAGGUGAGCUGAAGAGAUUGGAGGAGCUGCAUCUGGAUCACAACAACAUGUCAGGGAGGUUGCCAUCAGCUCUGAGCAACUGCACAAAUCUCAUAACAAUUGACCUCAAGAACAACUACUUCAGUGGGGAACUUACUGAGGUCAACUUCUCAAGCCUUGCCAAUCUAAAAAAGUUAGAUCUUCUGUACAACAACUUGACUGGCACAAUUCCAGAAACCAUAUACUCCUGCAGCAGGCUGACUGCACUACGGCUAUCUCACAACAAUUUCCAUGUCCAGUUGUCAGAAAGAAUAGGCAGUCUGAAGUUCCUCUCGUUCCUAUCCCUUGUUGGCUGCUCUCUUACAGAUAUCACUAGAACACUUCAGAUCCUUUGGACUUUGAAGAGCCUCAAAACCCUUCUUAUUGGGUUCAACUUCAUGCAAGAGACUAUGCCAGAGCUCAGCAUCGAUGGUUUCGAAAAUCUUCAGGUUCUUUCUAUGAAUGAUUGUUCAUUGUCUGGAACAGUACCUGAUUGGUUAUCAAAGCUCACAAAUUUAGGGAUAUUAUGUUUAAACAACAAUCAACUCACUGGACAAAUACCUGACUGGAUCAGAAGCCUAAACUUCCUCUUCUAUCUGGACAUCUCAAACAACAACCUUACAGGGGAAAUUCCGAGUGCCUUAAUGGAUAUGUCAAUGCUUAAAUCAGACAAGACUACACCAAAGGUCUUUGAGCUGCCUAUUUAUCAUACGAGUCCAUAUAGGCAGUACCUCAUGCCCAGUGGUUUUCCUAAAGUACUGAAUCUGGGUAUGAAUAACUUCACUGGUAUGAUACCUGAGACGAUUGGCCAGCUGAAAGCAGUCACUUCCCUCAACUUGAGCUCUAACAAAUUAUCUGGAGAGAUCCCAGAACCAAUCUGUGACCUCAAGAACCUGCAGACCCUUGACUUGUCCGGUAAUUUUCUCACUGGUACAAUUCCAGCUGCACUGAAUAAUCUACACUUUCUUUCAAAAUUCAGCAUUUCUAAUAAUGACCUAGAAGGCACUAUUCCAACCACGGGCCAGCUCAGCACAUUCCCAGGUUCUAGCUUUGAUGGAAACCCGAAACUGUGUGGUACUAUGCUUGUAAACCAUUGUGGUUCAACAGAUGCAGGUCCAGUCUCCAUUGUCUCCACAAAAGAGAUUGGCUCUGAGGUCAUCUUCGCCAUCGCCUUUGGUGCUUUCUUUGUAGUAGGAUUCCUGUAUGAUCAGAUAGCCUUACCCAGAUAUUUUGGCAACACUUGUAAUUGCUAUCACCACCCCCAAAGUACUAUGUGA